AUGAGCUGGGUCGUUCUCGGGCUCAAGUGGUACGAGAACCUGAGCUACUCGGGCGCGACGGCCGCUCAGUGGAGCGGGUGCUGCCUGUGCCAGAACAAUCUGGACUACCUGUACCAGAUGACGAACGGGUGGCUCAUGGGCCGCACCGGGUACGAGAUGGGCUCUUACCACAACCUCAAGGUGUGCGGGCACCAGGACUAG